AUGGUGCUCGCUAUCACAGCAGCUAAGGUAAAACUGGCCCUCUUCGACGUUGCCGAGGAUAAAGCCGCUGGUCUUGAUGGUUACACCUCAGGCUUCUACAAAGCAGCUUGGCCUAUUAUGGGCUAUAAUCAGCAGCGGCUACCACCUCGAUGUGCUCUCAAGGUGGAUAUCCGUAAGGCAUAUGAUACAAUUAAUGGGGAUAUCUUUCUUGUAACACUUCAAUUGUUUGGAUUUUUGAAUAAGUUCAUAAGCUCGAUUGAAGAGUGUGUUACUACACCUUUGUUCUUUAUUGGGAUAAAUGAAACUCCUCAUGGAUUCUUUGUUGGACCCAGGGGCCUUCGGCAGGGUGAUCGAAUGUCACCAUAUUUAUUUUUCCUGAUUGUCGAAGUUUUGAACCUCAUCUUGCAGCAAUUGAUAGAUCAGGACAUGAACUUUGCAUUUCACUGGAAGUGUGCACCACUUCGCCUAGUUCAGCUUGGAUUUGCGGAUGGCUUACUAUUGGUUUCAUGA